UUACUUUUACGUCCACAAACUGCUGCUUGGCGGCAGUUUUGUCCUAAUAAGCUUUAUGAAAUUUCACUGAGAGAACACUUACUGCAUUAUUUGUGAAGUUAGACGAACAAUAGUAGUACCCAAUAAACAUGGUACGUGGACGUUCCGUCCGAGUGUCGAAUUAAUUUACUAUUCGGGCGACAUUUAUUGCAAUUACACAACGGCCUUUUGAAUUAAAAGGAAAGGAAGGGUCUCGCUAGUUUUAAUUCCGUGCACUUGACCCGUUUAUCUAAGUGAAGGCAUGGAUCCCAACCGAAUAAUCCAGGCUCUGAGGGGAACUAUCGAUCCUAAACUGAGAAGAUCGGCAGAAGAUGAACUCAAUCAGUCCUACAAGAUCAUCAACUUUGCACCAACUCUGCUCCAAAUAAUUGCAUCAGAGCAGGUGGAGUUUCCUGUUCGCCAGGCAGCGGCCAUUUAUCUGAAGAACAUGAUAAGCCAGUACUGGCAGGACAGGGAGCCAUCUUUGGGAAAAGUCGUGUUCCCUUUCAACAUUCAUGAAAACGACCGUCAGCAGAUCAGAGACCACAUUGUGGAAGCUAUAAUCCGCUGUCCUGAGACCGUCCGCGCCCAGUUGACCAUCUGUCUUCGAACAAUCAUCAAACAUGACUUCCCAGGACGUUGGACGGCCAUAGUGGACAAGUUAAGUUUGUACUUGCAGUCCAACAACAGUGGCAGCUGGUACGGCAGCCUGUUGUCUCUCUAUCAGCUGGUCAAAACCUAUGAGUACAGGAAGGCAGAUGAGAGGGAGCCGUUGCUUGCAGCCAUGCAAAUCUUUUUGCCCAGGAUUCAGCAACUCAUCAUCCAGCUGCUGUCAGAUGCCACAAUCUUUUCUGUCCUCAUCCAAAAACAGAUCGUUAAAAUCUUCCAUUCUCUUGUACAGUAUUCACUGCCACUCCAGUUGAUCAACAACACUGUGAUGACUCAGUGGAUGGAAAUACUACGAGCCAUAAUGGACAAAGAUGUUCCUGCUGAGACUUUGGAUGUGGAUGAAGAUGACCGUCCUGUGUUACCAUGGUGGAAGUGUAAGAAAUGGGCAUUGCGUGUCAUCACACGACUGUUCAAGAGGUAUGGAAGCCCUGGCAAUGUCACAAAGGAGUAUACUGAGUUUGCAGACUACUUCUUGAAGACUUAUGCAGUGGGUAUACAGCAAGUCUUGCUGAAGGUGGUCGACCAACACCGACAAAAGCAGUACAUUGCUCCUCGCGUUUUGCAGCAGUGUCUCAACUAUCUCAACCAGGGCAUCUCUCACUCACUGACGUGGAAACAGAUGAAGCCGCACAUGCAGACUAUUUGUCAGGAAGUGAUCUUCCCUCUCAUGUGUUACAAAGAAGAGGAUGAGAGGCUGUGGCAGGAAGACCCAUUUGAAUACAUCCACAUGAAGUUUAACCUCUAUGACGAUCACGCCCUUCCAACCACUGCUGCCCAGAGCCUUUUGUGUAAUGCUGCACGGAAGAGAAAGGGGGUUAUGCCUCAAAUGAUGGAGUUCUGUCAUCAAAUACUGAUGGAUCCCACAUGUGACUCUCACAGGAAGGACGGGGCAUUGCAUUGCAUUGGUGCGCUAGCUGAGCUACUGCUUAAGAAGCAGAUUUACGUGGAGCAGAUGGAGUUGCUGCUUCAAAACUUUGUCUUCCCUUUGCUCAACUCUCCGUUGGGUUACUUACGAGCGAGGUCAUGCUGGGUCCUGCACUGCUUCGGCCAGCUCACCUUCCGCAACGUGAUGGCUCUGAGGAAUGCGGUGGAGUUGGUGAAAAAAGACCUGGUUGAUGACAAUGAGAUGCCUGUCAAGGUGGAGGCAGCCAUUGCAUUACAAACCUUGGUCAGCAAUCAAAAAGAAGCAAAGCUGUAUAUCCGGCCGUUCAUCCGACCGGUUAUGCAAGAGCUGCUGCAUGUGGUCAAAGAGACUGAAAACGACGAUUUGACAAAUGUCAUUCAAAAGAUGAUCUGCGAGUACAACGAAGAAGUUGCAGCAAUUGCUGUUGACAUGACACAGAGCCUGGCAGAGAUCUUUACCAGGGUCCUUCAGAGUGAGGAAUACGAGGAGAAUGAAGACAAGACUGUCAUGGCCCUUGGUGUCCUUAGCACCAUCGACACCAUUCUUACAGUAAUGGAGGAUCACAAAGAGGUCACUCAACAGCUGGAGGGGAUCUGUUUGCAGGUGAUCGGUCUGGUGUUGCAGAAGCCAAUCAUAGGUAUGGCAGAGUUCUAUGAGGAGAUCCUGUCUCUGGCAUUCGGACUUACAUGCCAAACCAUCUCCCCCCAGAUGUGGCAGCUCCUGAGUGUCUUGUAUGAAGUCUUUCAGCAUGACUGCUUUGACUACUUCACUGAUAUGUUGCCACUUUUGCACAACUAUGUGACUGUGGACACGGAUGUCUUCCUGUCCAAUCCCAAGCAUGUGGAGAUCAUCUACAGCAUGUGCAAAAAGGUGCUGAUUACAGAUUCAGGUGAGGAUGCAGAAUGUCACGCUGCCAAACUAUUGGAGGUGAUCAUCCUGCAGUGCAAAGGCAGGGGAAUUGAUCAGUGCAUUCCUCUGUUUUUGGAGGCAGUCCUGGAGCGUUUGAUGCGAGGCGUCAAAUCCAACGAGCUAAGAAUCAUGUGCUUGGAGGUGGCUAUUGCUGCUCUUUACUACAACCCUGCGCUGCUCAUGCACACUUUGGACAACACACACUUCCCCCAAAACUCGCAGCCCAUCACCGCCCACUUCAUCAACCAGUGGAUGAAUGACACAGAAUUCUUCAUCGGACUCCAUGACCGUAAGAUGUGCAUCAUCGGCCUGACUGUGCUGAUGGAGCUUCCGAGCCGACCGGCGGCGCUGGAAGGAGUCGCCAAUCAGAUUAUUCCUUCUAUAUUGCUGCUCUUCUUGGGCCUCAAACACCUUUACACCUCUCGUCACGUUAAUAAACCAGACCAGCUGGCACACAACAGGACUUUGGCUGAAGAGAAAAAUGAGGAGAUCCCCAGUGAUGAAGAUGAGGCGAAUGAGAGCAGCAACACGAUGCAGCAACAGUCCAGUACGCCAAUGGGCCUGGAAGAUGGGAAUAAUGACGAAGACUAUUGGGACGAUGACGAUGAUGAUGAUUCCUUUGAGGGAACACCUCUAGAAGAGUACAGCACGCCUAUUGAUUACGACAACGGAGAAGAUGAAUAUCAGUUCUUUGCGUCUGCGCUGCUCAGGGUCCAGAGUAAUGAUGCCACUUGGUACCAGUGUUUGACAGCCCCCCUUAGUGAUGACCAGAAGGCACAGCUGCAGGAGAUCUACAACAUCUCACAACAGAGGAGGAGCAAUGCGGCCAAAGGCCAGUGAGCUGCAGCACUGUAAGUUCCUCAGAAUUAGGAAGCUGGUCUGACUGAUCAAUCUGAUUGCAUCCGAAUUUGACCUUUGACCCAUGGGACGUCAUCUGGGAUGUGGUGCGAUCACUGCUGGAACAUCCACAAGGACAGACUGUGCGUGGCUGCGUAUUCAUUUUUGUUGUAAUAUACUGUAUGUUAUUCUAACAUUUCAAAAAAUGUAAUUUCACAGUGCAGUUCAUUAACUGUGUGAGUGUUCUUCAAGAAUGAAACUUGUGCGAUGAAUAACGUGUUUGCAUGAUCUGUAUUAUAAUAAUCUGUCAUCGUUGCUGUAGCAAAGCAUUUCUUGUCAUCUCAUGAAGUUUGUAAACGACACACUGGCAUACUGUAAUCAAAUCAAAGCAGUGUUUUGACUUUGUAGCUGUGCCUGGAAUAUUUUCUUUUGUUUACUGAAAAUGAUAAAAGUUGCUCUAAGAUUUCA